CGGCACCACUGCUAGAAAAAACGAAACACAAAACACCAAUAGAUUCAAAGUGCUCAGUGAGUUGUUACGCCCAGCCAACAGCAAAACACAUUCUUUUCCUUUCUUUUGCUGCAUUAAAACAUUUAUUUAUUUAACCCAGUCGAUUCAAUUUUAGUUUCAAUGUGAAAAAAAUUACCCAAUUUUGCUCCAUUGUGUGUACUUUUCUCUCUGCUUUUUACAUGUCAAACGGCGUUCGCGUUAGUCAUCGCCAAACAAUUUUGUGUGUUUAUUGUUGCGUUACAAAUUUACUGUGUGUACGAACUGCAAAUUUAAAGUGAAAAACCCCAAAUUCCUAUUUUGGUUUUUAUUUUGCUUUCAAUUUUGGGUUUGAAAAGAAAGAAAAAAAAUUGUCCAGCGAAAAAAAAACAACAAUAUUAAAACAACAGAGAGUUCAGACAAAUAGAGACAAACAUGGGUACGAUUGGUGAUUUUGGUACGCUUUCGCUAAAAUGGGAUCCGAAAAAUUUGGAAAUUCGUACGAUGUCGGUGGAGAAAACACUUGAGCCACUUGUGUUGCAAAUUACAACGUUGGUCAACACAAAAGGACCCAGCAAAAAGAAGAAAGUGAACUACUAAAUAAGCAAGAAAAAAAAACAACUACAAAGCGACAAGUGAAAUGCCAUCAGUAUUGGCCAGACCGAAUCGGACCGGAGCACACAAUGACAUUGAACGAUCUUGGCCUAACGGUACGAGACUCAGGCGCAUUGAAUUCCGACGUUGGACCAGCGGUCGUACACUGUAGCGCCGGCAUCGGACGAUCCGGAACGUUUUGUUUAGUCGAUAGUUGCUUAGUGUUGGUGGAAAAAGAGGGGGAAAACAAGAUAAGUGUUCCUGAUUUGUUGCUUAAACUACGACAAUCGCGAAUGGGCUUAAUACAAACAGCGGACCAAUUGUAUUUUUCAUAUCAAGCAAUCAUUGAGGGAAUCAAGCAUUUCAACGAUCCAACCGUCGGCGACUAUGACGAAGUUGCAAAAAUUGACAACGAAGACUAUAGUACUGAAACGGAUCCGCCUAGACCACCGCCACGGUGUACAUCAAUAUUACAGUCACAACAUAAACCACUGCCAACUGUACCAACAAAUGAUAACGACCAUGUAUCGGUUAAUAAUAACUCGGAGAAUGGUGAUGGAACGCGAUCUGAACGCCCGUUGCCACCAUUGCCCGAUGAGUCGCCAGAUGAUAGCGAUAGUGAGGACAUCGAGGAUGAUUCAGAUGAGGACAUGAGCGACGAACAAGAUGUUGAUUUGAUGAUGACGACAACGACGAUGACGACGACGACGAUGGUGUGGAUGAUGACGAACAAGCCACUACGGAGCAAACCACAAAAUUGCUCAACGGAACUAGUAGUAAUGGAAGCAAUGAGUGUGAAGACAGUUUCAAUCCGGAUGCAACGUUACCACCGUCACCAACAAAACUGUCAACCACAAGCCUCACCGAAUUCAACAAUUCGAAUUCAUCACUGGAAACACCGUCAUCACCGGAGAACGACAGUGGAUUGGCGUCGACUGCUGAACUCCGACGACGAAAACGAAAGGAACGCAAUGCAGACAUCGAGGCGAAAAUUAAGGAUAUCAAGAGAAAACAGAAAGAAACGGAGGCUGCUGCUGAAGCAGCACCAAAAAAACGCAGACCAAGAUGAUAAAUGCAAUUACAAACAUGUACCCGCUGAUUUUAUACUAACUGUAAUGGAAACGCUAAAGUGCAAUAAUAUCAGAUUAGGUCACACAUUGUCAACAGACGAGGUUUUUUAAGGCAUAAAAUCACAAUUUACAGACACAUUCUUGGGUGGAUUGAUUGAAUGAUUGCAAGCCACAGAAUAAAUUCAAAGCAUCAACCGAAUUAAAUUGGCCACCCCGUACAAUUGAUUUUGAAUUUAAACAAAAAAGAAAUUGAGACAGAUUUUAUUUCUAAUUGUAUCAUUAUCUCCCAAAUGAAAUCUUCAUUUUUUUUUCACUUGUUCGCUUAAAUAAGUAAGAAUAAAUCAUUAUAAUGUAGAGGGGAGGACGGGGUAAAAUUGGACACGGGAUUACCAAACGUAAAAACGAUUAUAUACAUACAUGUGCAUUAGUGUGGCGAUCAUUUGACGUGCACAGUCUCUCAGUCUGAUACACGCUGCGCUAGAGCACGCUUUGCGUUUUUGCCACUUCACACGUUUUUGAGCACACGUGAUUGGAUGGUAAGUAUAAUUUGUAGCUAAAGUCGAGUGCUUUCGCGUAAUAAUUUCGCCGUAGUGAUUUUAAUUAUUCUUGUUAAGUGAAAAAAAUUGAUGUGUGGCGUGAAAUUUGACAACGAAAAAGUGUCCCAGAUUACCGCGUACUCUCCUAAAACCAAAAGUUAUUACACACUAUGAAUCCAUUGCAACUGACAACGACUUUCUUUUUCUUAUGUUAUAAUUGAAAUGUAAAGAAACAUUGUUGACAUAUGCUCGCACUUCACCACAUUUUGAAUACAUUUACGAAUUCACUUGUUUUUUAAUCAAUUGAAUUUACUUUUGUAUACGGGAUGCCAAAUGGACAUUUGUAUGUGGGUCUUGAAUGAAUAAAAACAGAGAAAAAAAAAUAAAAACAUAAACAACUGUAGUAGUCUACUUU